CCGAUAUAUAUCUUUGCAAUAACGCGGCGUGUUGUUCUCUGCCUCUCUCCCAGGACGUCCCUGAAGCUGGAGUCGCUGGAGGACGCCGUGGUGCUCGACUCGCCGGAUGACGACCUGCUGCAGGACAAGCGCGGCUGCCCGGCCUACGUCAGUCCGGAGAUCCUCCGCAGCCACGCGCAGUACUCGGGGCGCGCGGCCGACAUGUGGAGCCUGGGCGUCAUCCUGUACACCACGCUCGUGGGGAGGUACCCGUUCAACGACACGGGCCACGCGUCGCUGUUCGCCAAGAUCAGCCGGGGCCACUUCGUGAUGCCCGAGUGGCUGAGCCCGCGGGCGCGCUGCCUCAUCCGCUCGCUGCUGCGGCGGGACCCCUCCGAGCGGCUCACGGCCGAGGACGUGCUGCGGCACCCCUGGCUCCAGGACCGCAACGGCCAGGACGACCUCCUCGCCGGCGACGGCCACCACCGCCACCACCACGGCCUCGGAGGCAGCGACUCCUCCGGCGACCAGCUCGUCCCGGACGUCAUGUAGGCCGAGGCCAGGCUCCCGCCGCAUCCAGCUUACGCCGCCGCCUCGUCGAAAAGCGUUUGGACAAAUUGUGUUGAACACCCUGGAGGGAAGUCCAUCCUGUAUCCGUAAAUUAUCUUACGAUCAGAAGAGGGAAGAGUAUUUAUUAUCAAAAGCCAACAAUUGCCAUACACGCGACGUAGGUAUUGAUUAAAUUGUGUUCAGUCAAGUACACCACGUUGUGUCGUUGCAGUCGACGUGUCCACUGUGUGUGUUGUCAGUACCCACGUUCCGUUGUCUUCAAUGACAAGUAA